AUGGCGAGUGCGAGCAGUGAAAACGGCGAGGAGUAUUUGAAUUACGGCGGAAAUUCCGACUCGGAAGAGUCCGAGUGCUCGGAGAACGAGGAUACGCAAGAUGGCGACAAGGAUUCGCAACCAAAUAGCAAUGCCGAUUCGGGCUACCCGCUGGAGUCUUCGCUGCAGGACUCCAAGUUGUCGGGACAAAAGGGACAGAACAAGAGUGGAGGCAAUAGGAACAGCAUGGGUGCAGUGCAUCCGAACUAUGGAUUCGGCAAACGCUGGUCCAAGUCCGAGGAUGUGCGGCUCAAGCAGCUGGUGGAGACGCACGGUGAGAACUGGGAGAUCAUCGGACCGCACUUCAAGGAUCGCAUGGAACAGCAGGUGCAGCAGCGUUGGGCCAAGGUCCUCAAUCCGGAACUCAUCAAGGGUCCGUGGACGCGGGACGAGGAUGACAAGGUCAUCGAUCUGGUGCGCAGCUUUGGACCCAAGAAAUGGACCCUAAUCGCACGAUAUCUGAACGGACGAAUUGGGAAACAGUGCCGCGAGCGAUGGCACAAUCACCUCAAUCCGAACAUCAAGAAGACGGCAUGGACCGAGGAGGAGGACAAGAUCAUCUACCAGGCGCACAUGCAGCUGGGCAAUCAGUGGGCAAAGAUUGCCAAACGUCUGCCCGGACGCACCGAUAACGCUAUCAAAAACCAUUGGAACUCAACAAUGCGUCGCAAAUAUGAUGCCGAACGCAGGUCGGUUAAUGCAUCUGGUAGCGAUUUGAAGAGUUCGCGCACCCAUCUCAUCACGCUGAUCAAAUCCGGUGGCAUCAGCAAGUGCCAGAAUAAUAUGCAGAACAGCAAGGCAAUGUCUGUUGAUGCAGCCGAUGGCAAGUCAGCCAAUAAAUCCGAUAACUCCGAUGGCGUUUCGGUUAAUGGCUUGAAAGGUGAGCUAGCACAGGACUCACAAGACGACCAUCAAAUGGGCUCCUCGCUGGCCCACCUCAGUAUGCAGCAUCACAUUAAGAUGUCACUGCCGCGCCAAACACCGAACAUAUUGAAGCGUACGCGCAAGCACAUUCCCGAAACUCACCUUCAGGCUGGUCCAUCAAAUGGGGUUUUCAACCAGGAAGUAGAAGCCGCCGGCAACGCCAAGUCGCGACCACCGAGUUCGCCCGUCAUAACGCCCAUUAAGUCGCUACCCUUCUCACCGAGUCACUUCCUCAAGUCGCCAUGCCUGACCACCUUUGAAGACAUGAAUCUGCGUGCUAGCACGCCGGUAACCAAGGUCUAUAAUCGCGUUGGCAUGGAGAUCAAGAAGGAGAUGGAGACUUCAUCCAUAGAAACUCCACACAAGAGUCAACUUGGGCCACGAACACCAACGCCCUUCAAAAAGGCACUUGCCGCCAUCGGCAAGAAAAGGGACGGACGUCGCUACGAGCCCUCCAGCCCGUCCAGUCUGGUGGUGGAUCUGGCCGAGAUCAUCCAUGAAGAGCAUCUGAGCAACUCGCUAACCGCAAACAAUUCCAAAAUGAUGGACGCCAGCGAUCAGAGCUCUAUGCUAAACACUGAAAACAAUGCUCAGUCGCCGCAUAUGAAACGUGCCAGAAAGUCAUUACUCUCAACUUGGAGCUCCAAUCAUCCAUCAAACAGUGGCUCUGCCAAAAAGAUUCAACCCUUCGAGACGGAGACGCCCAGCAAGUUUCUCACCUCGCCUGGCAACAUUCUGAAGGAUACGCUGUGCAGCGAACAGGAUCUUCCGUUCGACGAGGGCAGAAAGGAGAAUCGACCAUUCCAUAAUCGCAGAAGCUCCAAGUAUCGCGGUGGCUUGUCCUACGAUCAUGUCAUUGAUCCCAAGUGGGCACGUGUGGCUUGUGGCAAGACCAAAGAUCAAAUAUUUAUGGAGGAGCAGGCCUAUGCAUGCCUCAAAAACCUAUCAUGUAUUUCGCGCUCCUUGAACUUCGAGAAACAGAAAUGUUUGGCGAACUCAUUCGACCGCUUUGGUUCCCUAUAAAUUGUAUAUUGCUAUAUUAAGGUAUUACAAAACAAAAUUUUAUGAGCAUCAUCUUUAUAAAAUUGUAGAUAUGAAUUCCUAAAAUUGCACCUAAACCCGAUUAUGUUUCCGUUUGAUGAGCAACGCAUUUCAAAAUAAGAUUUAUAGUACUACAUUAAUGGCAUUAUUGGUUACAUCCACCUUA